ACUACUGAAUCAGCCACAUCGGUAGCUUGCUAGCCGACAUAAAACCGAAUAAUUGAAGCUACUUUGACUAUUUUGUUUAUAUUAAUAGGUAUUUUAGACACAAUUAUUUGUACGUAUAUAGGAGUUAACUUAACGUACUUGUUCAAUUUAUUAAUUUGUUCAGAAUGAUUUGAUUCUGAGCCUAGCACUAGGCUAGUAGCUAAUGCUACCUAGCUAGCUAACGUUCCCUUACCAUGAGCUCACUAAGCUACUCGCCCCUUGCUAAAGAAGAGGAUGUCUGCUGGACGGAGAAAGGAGCUCUGGAGCUGAACAUUGUCGUAAAAGAAGAGGAUGAUAAUAUUACAGUGAAAGAAGAAGAAGCUUUCAGAAUAAAACAGGAGGAAAUCACACCGACAGAAGAACAGGAGGAUGUUGUCUUGAAAAAAGAAAAAUAUAUUUUUGGAGUGAAAGAGGAAGAGGGGAUAGAGGCUGUCGCGGUGGUAGAGGAGGAGGUAGAAGCUUUCAGAAUAAAAAAGGAGGAAGAGGAAGAUGUUAUCGUGAAAAAAGAGAAAGAUCUUUUUGAAGAGGAAGAGGGGAUAGAGGCUGUCACAGUGGAAGAGGAAGAGGGGAUAGAGGCUGUCACAGUGGAAGAGGAAGAGGGGAUAGAGGCUGUCACAGUGGAAGAGGAAGAGGUAGAAGCUUUCAGAAUUAAACAGGAGGAAGAUGAGGAUGUUAUAGUGAAAAAAGUGGAAGAACCUUUUAGAGAGGAAGAGGACGAUAUCUCAAUGAAGGUAAAGGAUGAAGAUGUUUUGGGAGUGAAAGAGGAGGAAGGAGAGGAAGAGGAGACUGAAGAUCUGAUUAACACCAAAGAGAGACCCGACUCAGAGGAACCAGAGACGUCUGAACCAACGAGACGACACCACUGUUCCCAGUGUGGAAAGAGUUUUAACCAUUUAGGGAAUCUUAAAAACCACAAGAGAACACACGCAGAGAAGAAGUCUUACAACUGCUCUCAGUGUGGAAUGAGUUUUACCCGGUUAGGGAACCUAAAAUCUCAUGAGAGAAUACACACAGGAGAUAAGCCUUAUCACUGCUUCCAGUGUGGAAAGAGAUUUAUCGAGCCAGCACAACUGAAAGUUCAUUGGAGAAAACACACAGGGGAAAAACCAUUCCAAUGCUCUGAGUGUGGAAAUACAUUUUCCCGAUCAGGGGACCUGAAAUCACAUGAGAGAAUACACACAGGGGAAAAGCCUUACCACUGUUCCCAUUGUGAAAAGAGUUUCAGUUGGUCAGGGCAACUGAAAGAGCAUAAGAGAAUACACACAGGAGAAAAGCCAUUCCAAUGCUCGCAGUGUGGAAAGAGUUUUACUCGGAUUGGGAACCUGAGAACACAUGAGAGAAUACACACAGGAGAGAAGCCAUUCCAAUGCUCUCAGUGUGGAAAGAGUUUUACCCAAUUAAGGAGCCUGAAAAGUCAUGAGAGGGCACACACAGGGGAGAAGCCUUUCCAAUGAUCUCAGUGUGGAACUGGUUUUACCCGGUUAGGGUACCUGAAAACACAUGAGAUGACACACAAAGGAGGGUAGCCUCACCUCUGCUCCCAGUGUGAAAGAGUUUUACCCAAUUAAUGGUCCUGAAAGAGCAUGAGAGAAUACAUACUCUUCAUGUCACUACUCAUUGUGGAAAUACAUGUUCUGGCUUAUGGUUUUGUCAUGAAAUCUAAUUGUAUAUAUUUAAUCAUACUCACAAAUAGGUCUACAUUUGUUUUUUUCAUUUUUGAGAUUCCUCAAAGUAUCCACCCUUUGCCUUGAUGACAGCUUUGCACACUCUUGGCAUUCUCUCA